UCUAAUACUAAUUCAAGUGCCAAUGAUUCUUAAUCUUAAAGGAAGGUAGUUGAAAUCAUAGAAUAGUAGAAAAGAAGACGAACAUGCAAGGCCAGUGAUGCUCUUAGAGAAUAUAAAUGUGAGUGUGGAAAGUCUUACUUGAGUUAUCCAGCAUUAUACACUC